UUAGAGAACCUAAAUUGGCUUUUUUUUAACUUCCUAAACCUCAUAUUUUCCCAUUUUUCCCAUCACCAAACCUUUUUCUCUUCCAAAUCUCUGUUUUUUCCUCCAAAAAUCCAAUCUUUCUCCCUGAAAAUCCUUCUUCAUCUCCAACAAUUUUCUCCCUCAUAACCAAUUUUUAUUUUUUUUAUUUUUUUUACAACUUUUCUUUCUCUCUAAUAGCUUAUCAGAGUCCAAGAAAAGCUUGUUUAAAAAUAAUGAGAUUUUGAAGGGAAAAAAAAUCUGAUACCAGCUUGCUUAGUAAUGGAAGUGAGUAAUACUUUGAGUGGCAGCGGAGUAACAGUGGUGGGAUCAGAUGCUCCGUCGGACUACCAUGUGGCUCCCAGGACCGCCGCCGAAACCCCCCCUGUAUCAGCGCCACCACCCGCCGCCGUGACUCCGCCGCCUCCAGCUUCUGCAACUCCUCCUCCGCCUCCGCCGGCAGCGGCCGUGGCCGUGGCUGGGACUGUUGCAAUCUUGAAGAAGAAGAGGGGAAGGCCGAGGAAGUACGGCCCUGAUGGGUCAGUUGCUGGGGCUCUCUCUCCCAAGCCGAUUUCUUCCUCUGCUCCGCCUCCGGUUAUCGACUUCUCGGCCGUCUCAAAGCGCGGGAAAAUCCGGUCUUCUAUCUCCUCCGCUGCCAAGGUUCAGAUGCCAGUGAUGGAGACGGAGAGUAUGGGUGAAUGGGUUUCAUGUUCAGUUGGUGCUAAUUUUACACCUCAUAUUAUCACGGUCAAUGCUGGAGAGGAUGUCACUAUGAAGGUCAUAUCGUUCUCUCAGCAAGGUCCCCGAGCAAUAUGCAUUCUCUCGGCUAAUGGUGUAAUUUCAAGUGUAACUCUUCGUCAACCUGAUUCUUCCGGUGGUACAUUGACGUAUGAGGGUCGCUUUGAGAUACUGUCGUUGACUGGCUCAUUCAUGCCCUCGGAGACUGGAGGAAUGAGAAACAGAUCUGGUGGCAUGAGUGUUUCUUUGGCUAGUCCUGAUGGGCGUGUUGUUGGAGGUGGAGUUGCUGGCUUAUUAGUAGCCGCGAGUCCUGUACAGAUUGUAGUGGGAAGCUUUCUCGCAGGCAACCAGCUCGAGCAGACAACUAAGAAACAAAAACCCGACUCCUUGGCUAUUAUACCUACUGCUGCCAUACCCAUCUCCAGUGCAGGUAUGGAAGACACUUACCAUACAUCCCCAUCGUUUCGUGGUGAUAGUUGGUCUUCGAUGCCCCAAGAAUCAAAGAACAAGCCUACUGACAUCAAUGUGACUUUGCCCGGUUAGAGGAUUCUGAUUUCUUACCGACCUCAUCUGCAUAGUAUUCCUUUUGAAGGAGGCUCCUAUUUGAGGAAUCUUGUCUCUUAAACGCUUGCCUUAAACCACGGCGUGUACGCCAAUUCCAGAGCAAGGUUCAUGUUUCGAAUUAGUGCCUUAGUUGCGCUUGUUUUUUUCUCAUGUAUUGUAUCUUCAUACUACAAUUUAUCCUUUGAGUUGAACUCAUGUAUCGUUUGUAGUAGUGUUGGUCUAGAAUCUCUUCUUUUUAGUCUGUAGUUGCCAUUAUCUUGUUGUUUUUAGGUGGGAAAAAAAAGGUUGAUUGUUUGGGGCAAGUGAUUGCCUUAACACAAAUUUUUAUCUUCGGUUUAUAUUGUUCACUUAGUCACAAGUUAA